AUGUUCUUUUUCUUAUUCAGCCUUAUAGUUUCCCUUACAGAACCAAAGAAAGUCUCUUCGGCAGGUAUCGAAAGCCAAGAGAAAGUUAGCUUGCUUAAAGUAGGAAUUCCUCGAAAACCUCUAAAAACAUUAACUCCGAAACCUUCAAUCACUAAAUUCCGUGUAUCAACAAGAGAUCUAAACAACUUAGCUCAACAGAGUUUCCCACAGGAAGAAAUACCUCAAUCUUUGACAGAAGAAAUCAAAACUCAACUUACAUCAACUCCUAUGAUCAUAUUUUAUAUAGUAUUAGGUGUUUGUGUAUUAAUAGUUAUCGGUGUAUUCAUGUUCUACAACAACUCCGAUGAUGAUGCAGACAAUACUCAAGAUGCAAUCAUUGAAAGCCAAUAUAAUGAGCAUCUUGAUCCUCAGUUGAAGAAUGAAUCACCUCUUCAAAUAUAA